GUGGCCUUCUUGACAUAAACUGAUGUGGGGGAAGGCAAGUCCAGCCAGUGAUACGCAGAAGGGUGGGAAGGACAUUUUGCUAUAAAAUAAGAACAUAGAGUGGCUUGAGCCUGUUAUGUGAGACAAAACACUUUCUCAGACAAUGUGAAUCCUGAAAGUGCAGCAUUUUUGGAUUGUGGGACACUUUCUUUAAGCAAGAUUUGUGGAUUAGCAGACUUUGUAACCAUGAAGUUGUGUGCAAGCGGGUGCUUGAGAGGAAUCUGGCUUCUGAUGCAUCUAACAGCAUGCAUGGCAGGUAUGACAGGAAGGUGUAGUCUGUUUGGACGGCACCACGUUCAUACCUUCGAUGGGGUUUUGUAUGAGUUUCCCGGGGACUGCAGCUACCUGCUGGCUGGAGACUGCCAACGUCGUUCCUUCACACUGCUGGGGGAUUUUGUUGGUGGCAAAAGAACUGGAGUCACCCUAUUUCUAGGCGACGCGUUUGAGCUUCACCUGUCUGUAGAUGGACGGCUGUCACAGGGAGAAACAGGACUUUCUCUGCCGUAUGCAUCUCAUGCUGUUUUUGCGGGCAUGGAGCUAGGCUUUUAUAAACUGUGGAGCGAGGAGUUCGGCUUCACUGUGACCAUUGACAACGCGGCCAACAUGGCCCUGACGCUCACCAAACACCACGCAAACCUCACCUGCGGUCUCUGUGGCAACUUCAACUCUGUUCCAGCUGAUGAAUACACUGCUCAAGAAGGAUUCCUCACAGAGGACAGUUAUGACUUUGCAAAUUCAUGGGCAGUGAAGGGUGCAGGUCAAGCCUGCCGACGUGUUUCAACUCCCAGUCAGUCCUGCAACAGCUCAAAAGAAACUUCAGAGAUUCUGACCAGCUGCAGCGUGUUGCAGACAUCCUCUGUGUUCCUGCAAUGCGCCCACUUGGUCUCCCCCGAGGUGUUCCUGUCACUGUGCCAAAAAGAGGUGUGCCACUGUGACCAGGCCGACAGCGAAGACUGCUACUGUCCAAUCCUUUUGGAGUACGCCCGCACAUGUCACACCCACGGGAUGCUUUUACGAGGGUGGCAGCAGGAGAGUCAGUGCUUCCCUAAAUGUCCAGUUGGAAUGCACUACAGUGAAUGCACCAAAUCCUGCUCCACAACCUGUCAUAAUCUCAACAUCCAGGAGGUCUGCGAAGAAGAGUGUGUUGAUGGCUGCAUAUGUCCUGUGGGUAAAGUUUUGGACGGGACCCGUUGUGUGGAAGUAUCUCAGUGUUCAUGUGUGCACAUGGGACGACACUUCCCUCCAGGAUCCACCAUCUCCCAGGACUGCAAUACCUGUGUGUGUCGACAUGGCUCAUGGGAAUGCACCAAUGAAGGUUGCCCUGGUGAGUGCUUGGUGGUGGGCCAAUCCCACUUCAAGACCUUCGACAACAAGUUCUUCACCUUCACUGGCCUAUGUCAGUACCUGCUGGCCCGAGACUGUGCAGAGCAGCACUUUUCUGUCAUUAUUGAAAAUGUUCAGUGUGCAGAUGAUCAGGAUGCUGUGUGCACUCGCUCCGUGACCCUCAGCCUGCCCAUUCUUGAGGACAUGACAGUGAAGCUGAAGCAUGGAGGAGUGGUUUCUGUCAACGGCAUGGACAUCCAGACCCCAAUGCACCAUGGUCGCUUGCAUAUCCAGAGAUCUGUCCAGUCAUCUGUGCUUAUAAAGGUUGGAGAUGGCUUUCGCCUUGACUGGGAUGGCAGGGGUCGUGUGCUUUUAAAGCUGGGAACACAAUGGGUGGGUCGGACUUGUGGCCUCUGUGGUAACUACAAUGGUAACCAAGGCGACGACUUCUUGUCUGGGUCUGGACUAGUCGAAGCGGACCCUCAAACAUUCGCUCAGUCCUGGAGAAUCAACGCUGACUGCAAGUCAACCCACAAACCCGAAAUUGAUCCCUGUUCCAUCAACCCCAAAAGAGUGCGUUUUGCAGAAGAAGGAUGCUCAAUGAUUAUGUCAGAUGUGUUCAGCCCAUGCCACUACCUGGUCAACCCAGGUCCUUUCCAACGGUUCUGUCGUUAUGAUGUUUGCUCAUGUGUGGAUGGGGAGGAGUGUCUCUGCUCCGCGCUGGCCUCCUAUUCAGCUGCCUGUGCUGCCAAAGGGGUGCUGCUGCACUGGCGUUCUCCAUCACUCUGUGAAAUGCAGUGCACUAGAGGCCAGGUGUACGAGGUCUGUGGAAGUCUGUGCGACCGCACUUGCCGAUCCUUGUCUGGAGCGGAGGCCGGCUGUGGCAGGGAGAGGGUGUGCGAGGAGGGUUGUUUUUGCCCUGCUGGGAAGUACCUGAGUGACUCUGGAGAAUGUGUGACGGCUGACAAGUGCACCUGCCUGCAUGAUGGACAGCUGUACCAGCCCAACGAUGUCUAUGCUGAUCAUGACAGCAUCUGCUACUGUGAGAGCGGAUCCAUGCGCUGUAGCUCCACCGAAAUGAGUACUUCUUUGUCUGAUCUCUUCUACGAUGAUGACCUGGCACCAUCUAGAGACCGGCGUUCACCACAGUGUGUCCCUCCACUGAUCCGUGCAAAGUGUAACGCAGGAGAAAAAGGUCUGGAAUGUGCUAGAAAUUGCCGUAAUGUGGACUUUCCCUGUGUCUCCCAGUUGUGCAUCCCUGGAUGCUUCUGUCCACCUGGCACUGUAUAUCACCACAGAGAAUGCAUUGUGCCAGAACAGUGUCCUUGCUACUUACACAACAAGCCUUAUAGAUCAGGACAAACCGUAUCAGUGGACUGCAAUACCUGUAUAUGUGAAAACAGGAAAUGGCGCUGCACAAAGACGUUUUGUGAUGGCAUAUGUCGCACUGUGGGGGAAGGCCAUUACAUCACCUUUGAUGGCCUGAAAUACACUUUCCCUGGACUCUGCCAGUAUGUCCUGGUCCAGGAUAUGUGUAAUGGAGAAGAGGGUUCCUUCAGAGUACUUGUGGAAAAUGAGGCCUGUGGAAUUGCGGGACAUCGCUGUACAAAGUCGGUAUCAGUCUUCUACCAUGGUGGCUUAAUUGUUAUGCAAAAUGGAGAGGUGAAGAUGAAAGUACCAGUCCCACAGAGUGCACAGGUCGAGAUUGUCCGAUCGGGUCAGUUUUACACCCUACUGCUGGGAAAACACAUUUCCCUCAGUUGGGACAAAGGAACCCACCUCCUGGUCCACAUCUCUGCCACAUACAAGAGCCGCGUCUGUGGUCUGUGUGGCAACUUUGAUGGGAACGUCAAUAACGACUUUGUCAGCAGUAACAAUCAGAUGGAGGUUGAUUCCUUUCACUUCGGGAACUCCUGGAAGAUUUCUCCCAGUUGUGCUGAUGUAACACAGGUACCCGCUCCCUGUGGUGACAACAUCGUCAGAAUGGUAACCGUUGAGCAGUCGUGCCAUGUGCUUAGUGGUCCCCUUUUUAAAGAAUGCAACAGCCAGGUUUCUGUUGAGCCUUACUUGGAAAUGUGUGUCGAGGCAGCGUGCUCCUGUCCAUCAGUUGGCGAUUGUGCUUGCUUUUGUGAUGUAAUCGCAGCCUAUGCUCAGGCUUGUUCAGAGAGGGGUGUUUCCGUCAGCUGGAGGUCCAAUGAGCUUUGCCCAAUGAGCUGCGAGGAGCUGAACCCAAAAAGCCUAACAUCAAGGGAGGAAUUAUGUCAGUGGAGGUACAGCACUUGUGGUCCUGCCUGUCCCAUCACCUGCCAGCACCCUGAACCUCUUCAGUGUUCUCUCACAUGCGUGGAAGGGUGUCAUGCCUACUGCCCCCCAGGCCAGCUGUUGGAUGAGGUGGCCAUGAGGUGUGUUGAUCCCUCUGAGUGUCAGGUGUGCAUCCAUGAUGGUCAUAAAAUCUCUCACGGCAACAAAGUAAUCAUCAGCCGUCACGACCCUUCCCAAUGCAAAAUUUGUCACUGUGACAACAACACCCUAGCAUGCAAGGCUUGUGAUGCUGCAGCCAUUGCUGCACCGACCCUUCCUUCCCCCACCAUCACAUCUUUACCCAUGACCACCAUGAUGCCUGAGGGGACAUGCAAUCGAGCCAUGGAUCUGGCUUUUCUAUUGGAUGCCUCCGCAGCACUGAGUGAAAGUGAAUUUGAGGCCACUAAAAACUUCAUACUGGGAGUGAUUGAACCCUUCCGCAUGGGCUCCGCUCACACUCGAGCUACAGUGCUACUUUACCAAUCUGGCGUCAAAACCUGUGACCUGCAGGUUCAAAAAUGGCUGUUUAAGAAGAUUGUCCAUGAACUGCACUAUAUAGGAGGAGAUGCAGCUUUCUUGGAUGAGGCCAUCAAAUAUCUGGCUUACAACAUCUAUGAUAAGAACAAACGGGAGCACACUGGUCGCGUUGCCGUCAUCUUGACGGCAAGCACCAACCCUCGCUCGAUGCGUGCAUACAUUAGGAUGCUGCGCAGGGAAAAAAUCACCACGCUAACUGUGGCCCUCGGACCAGGGGUCAACAUGACCCAGAUUAAUGACAUUACAAAGGCCAAUCCCGAUAACAGGGCCUAUGUCCUUAGCAGCACAGCUGAGCUGCCGGAUCGUCUUUUAGAAGUCACAGACUACCUCUGCACUUUGGGAUUGGAGCCAAAGACUACACCAGAAAAAUCUAGCACAACCACAACAACCCACCCUCCUCAUCCAGAACCCACCCCCACAAAACACCUCUCCACCACUACCACCACAACCUCUAUGUCUCCAACCAAGGAAGUGACGUUCAUCAUCGAGGGCUCUGAUUCAGUCGGGGAGGCCAACUUCAACAAGUCUCUCUUGUUCCUGGAGGAUGUUAUCACAAAGAUGGCAGAGAAGGAGGAGUUCAUUCGCAUCACCGUGAUCCAGUACUCGAUAACAGUGACCGUAGAGAUCCGCGGUUGGGAUCUGAGGUAUAAGAGGAUGCUGCUCCUACAAAGACUCAGGCAGAUUCGCUUGCGUGGUGGAAACAAGACCAACACCGGCACCGCUUUGGCAACAACAUUUAAAGAAACUGCUACCGUCCCACCUUCAUCACGUGUCCCCACACCUCCCCAGUUGGUUUUCCUUGUAACAGAGAACCCACCCACGGACACUGUGACUCGCCCACCAUCCACAAGCACCCAAAGGUAUGUGUAUCCAAUCGGCGUUGGACCUAAAGUGCGAGAGUUUGACUUAUUCCAGAUCAGCUCACCGACGAGGCCGAUAAUGGUGGAAGACUACAACCAUCUCACAAAAAUUGUCCACCGUGUUGUCAACAUCACACACUCCAUAGUCACACCACACUUCCCGACACUGCCACCUGUGGUUCAACCCACACUCCCCAGCCUGUCUCCAACCAAGGAAGUGACGUUCAUCAUUGAGGGCUCUGAUUCAGUCGGGGAGGCCAACUUCAACAAGUCUCUCUUGUUCCUGGAGGAUGUUAUCACAAAGAUGGCCGAGAGGGAGGAGUUCAUUCGCAUCACCGUGAUCCAAUAUUCGAUAACAGUGACCAUAGAGAUCCGCGGUUGGGAUCUGAGGUAUAAGAGGAUGCUACUCCUACAAAGACUCAGGCAGAUUCGCUGGCGUGGUGGAAACAAAACAAACACCGGCACCGCUAUGGCAACAACGUUUAAAGAAACUGCUUCAGUCCCACCUUCAUCACGUGUCCCCACACCUCCCCAGUUGGUUUUCCUUGUAACAGAGAACCCACCCACGGACACUGUGACUCGUCCACCAUCCACAAACACCCAAAGAUAUGUGUAUCCAAUCGGUGUUGGACCUAAAGUGCGAGAGUUUGACUUAUUCCAGAUCAGCUCACCGGAGAGGCCAAUAAUGGUGGAAGACUACAACCAUCUCACAAAAAUUGUCCACCGUGUUGUCAACAUCACACACUCCAUAGUCACACCACACUUCCCGACACUGCCACCUGUGGUUCAACCCACACUCUCCAGCCUUCCACCUACAGUUCCUUGUAAGACUCCUGUGGAUGUGUUAUUCCUACUGAAGGCCGGGGAGCAGUUUGAUGACAUGAAGUUUUUUGUGAAUGCUUUCAUCAACACAGCUGACAUCGGUCUGAAAGCCACUCAGGUGAGUGUGAUCCAAUAUGGUGACACUGCCACAAUGGAGUUCACCUGGAAGGAGGAGCAGAGCAAGUCUCAUCUUCUUAGCUUGGUGAACAACAUUCCAAAAAGGAGAACUGCUGCCCCUGCACUCGGCUCAGUGCUACAAUACGCUGUGCAGGCUGCCAUCAGGGGCGGUAGAGUGGGUGUGGCUAAGGCUGUGGUGAUGAUAGUGACUGACAAGUCGACUGACCAGGUCCGUGAAGCUGCAAAUGAGGCACUGGCUGCAGGUGUGUCGGUGUUUCCCAUCGGCGUAGGUCGAGACUAUGACCAGAAUGAGCUUGACAUUAUGGGUCACAAACAAGAUAACAGUCUGCACCUGAAAAAUAUGGAUCAGUUACGGAUGUUGCUGACUUUGGACCACGGUUACAAAGAGAGAAUCUGCAGAGCUGGUCCACCAGGAGUGUGUGUUGAUGACAGUGGAAUGGAGAGAAAACCAGGGGAAUCAUGGAUGCUGGAGGAUGGCUGCCAUUCAGUUCUGUGCCAUCCCAGCGGGGCUGUUACCAUGCAGAGCCACAAAGUCAGCUGCGAUAAACUGGAGCCGCCAGCCUGCAGAAGCAACAUGCCACCUGUAAAAGUCCAGGAGGCCUGCAGCUGCCAUUGGGAAUGCCCUUGCAUUUGCAUGGGCAGUUCCACCAAUCACGUGGUGCGAUUUGACAGCUUGCCACUCAGGCUAGAUGCAGAGGGGUUGUGCUCCUACACCCUCCUCACUGUCAGCAGAGGUGUCAGCGAAGGUUCAGAGGUCAUACUCCACAAUGGACCCUGUCAGGACUCUGCACAUUACAACCAAGUUUGUAUGAAAGCCAUCGAGGUGAUGCAUGGCCCACAUAGACUCUUGUUGAAGGAUGAUAUGAUGGCACUGAUUGGCCAGGAUGAACUUUCACUGCCAUGGAGGUAUGCGGGCCUGGAGCUUGUGCGAUACGGAGGAAUGAUGCUCCAGCUCAAAUCUGAUCAUGGCUACAUUCUGACAUUCACGCCUCAGAGCAAUGAAUUCACCAUCACAUUGCUCACCUCCAGCAUCAGGGGCCACACCGCCGGACUAUGUGGUGCUUGUGGGGACGAGUCCAUUAGCAUUCUCUCUUUACGUAAUGGCAGCUCGACCUCUGAUCAGCAGGCAUUUGUCUCUGACUGGACCAUGGCCAGAGACGGGGCUGUGUGCUUGCCGAAACGCAAGGCGGUGUGUGCAACUGGAGCAUCGAUGGGAUGUCAGGCCCUUCGCUCUGAGGUGUUUCAGCCAUGUCACGCACACAUACCUGUUAUGGUGUUUCUCACCAAAUGUGAGGAGCAGGCGUGUGAAGAGUCGGAUGUGUGCAAGCUCAUUUCUGCCUACGCACUCAUGUGUAGACAGAGGGGUGUGUGCUUAGAGUGGAGAAGCUCCCGCCUCUGCCCAUUACAUUGCCCGGCCUCCAUGGAGUAUGACGCGUGUCGCACAGGUUGUAUUGAGGACUGUGAAAACACGCAGGCGUUACGGGGUGACUGGUCGGUUGCCAGGGGUAACCAGUCAUCUUGUACAGACACACCUACUGAGGGUUGUUUCUGUACUAGAGGGACAGUUUUGCAUCAAGGAGCAUGUGUGUCUCCAGAGGUGUGCAAGCAGUGUGUCGACCACCACGGACAUGCAUAUAAGUACCUGCAGAGUUGGGUACCAGAUGACAACCCAUGUUUGAUUUGCAUGUGUUUGGAUCGACAACACAUCAACUGCACUGCUCGACCCUGCAAUGAUCUCAAAGCACCAAUCUGUGGACCCUGUGAGGUUCUAAAGGAAAAAAGAGACUCCAAAUGCUGCCCGGAAUAUGAAUGUGUGUGUGAUCUGUUGAGCUGUGAUGUGCCUGAAGCUCCCCGCUGUGAGGAUGGUGAGGUGAUGGUUUUGAAAAACCCAGGAGAAUGUCAACCCAUACAUGAGUGCGUUUGCAAAAAAGAAGACUGUGCUCCUCUCCACCCCCCUGAGUGCGGGGCCCAUCGACAGCCAAGACUGAAAAAGACAAAGUGCUGUGAUGUGCUUGAGUGUUUAUGUAACUGCCACAACUCCACCCGCACUUGCUCUCCUGGCUUCAUCACAGCCUUCAAGACGAACGACUGUGGCUGCACCGAGACAAGUUGCGUACCAGACAAAGUGUGUGUGGUUGGCGGUGUGGUCCAUCCAGUGGGAAGCCAGUGGGAUAAAGGAUGUGAGAAGUGCAGUUGCAGUCACCUGCAGGACAAGGACACAUCACUGCACAUUGCUCAGUGCUCUCCGCCAUUGUGUGACCACAAUUGCCCCAUGGGCUCCACAUACACUCCGGCCAGUGGAGGAUGCUGUGGGAAGUGCAGACCCACUAGCUGUGUAGAGUCAGAGGGAGUGAUGCGAGGGGACACAAUGAUUGGAGGACAGCUCAGAAAUGUGGGGGAGCAAUGGCAGUCUUCAACUGAUAAAUGUGUGUUGAAUCAGUGUGUGAGGGUGAAAGAUGAGGUGUUCACCUCUUCCACAAACAUCAGCUGCUCCGUUAUCAACACACCGACCUGCCCGCUGGGCUCAGAGUUGCGUUGUGACAUACAUGAUUGCUGUCCACGCUGCCACUGUGCUCCUCUAGAUGCUUGCGUCCUCAACAAGACUCUUAUUGGUGUAGGGGAGAAGCUGAUGGUGGAUGCUUGCACACGCUGCGAAUGCAUGCUGGAGUAUGGUGUCAUCAACAAAUACAGGCUAUCCUGCAAGACGACUCCCUGUACUUCUUGCCCCAUGGGAUACAUUGAGCAGAAAGAAGAAGGCGCUUGCUGUGGUCGCUGUGUCGCCACUACCUGCUUUGUAAGCAUGCCGGAUGGAAAGCAGAUGAGUUUACAGGUGAAUACCACGAGAGAUGAUGGCUGCAACCAGUACGCUUGUGGUGUGAACAAUAAAGGAGAUCUAGCCCUGGAGAUACGAACGACCACCUGCGCUCCUUUUAACCGUCAAGAAUGCCUUGAACAGGGGGGCACUAUUAGCCAGAUUGGAACAACAUGCUGUGAAAUGUGUAGCGAGUCAGCGUGUCACAGGACGGCAGGGACAUUGAACUAUGUCAAAGUGGAAGAUUGCCAAUCAGAGCACCAGAUUGAAUUGCACUACUGCGAGGGUAAAUGUCGCAGUAAGUCCAUGUACUCCCUGCAGAGUGCUGCUGUCGAGCAGGAGUGUGUGUGUUGCGUUGCCACGGAGACAGAGCCCUUCAGUGUUCCUAUUCUGUGUACCAACGGGACCCGCAGUCACCACACUGUCCUGUCAGUCACUGCAUGUGACUGUCAGUUUAAACACUGCACAUAGAGGGGAAAGGGAACUUUGAAACAUAUAUUUUUGUUUUUUUUAUGUUUGUAUCCAAGCAAAUGUAAUAAGUAGCCACUUAUUCAGUGUCAAGCCACUACAGUGUAACUGUGUCUUGUGUCACGGGUAUAAAAGCAUUACUUG